AUGGCCAACGCAUCGGAUAUUAUCACCUACGUGGGCGUGCCCCUCGCCGUCCUAGGCGUUCUGCCCAUUCUGUACACAUUCAUGCUGGCAGUGCUCACACAGAGACGGAUACGGGCAUCCCUCCUCCAUCAUGGUCACAAACCGGUCAGCACAACGCGCCCAAAUGAUGGGUUCAUGAUUCGAAGUUCUCCCAUGACGAGUUUGAUCGAGGUCGAGCUCCCCAGAUAUACGAUAGCACCCCUGGAACGGAAUAACAAUGAUUAUUGGAAGAAUACGGGAGAUGGGCAAGAGGUGGAAGGCGAACAUCAUAGAUUGCUUGAUCGUGCGGAGAGCACCUUGAGCAUGAUUGAAGAAGGCAGAGUGCGAGGAUUUCUUCGAGGGGGCAGUUGGCGGGCUUUCCAUUGGAAGAAAUUAAUCGUGGGUAGAAAAUUGUACCGGAUACAGUACGAAGAUGAAUUGAGAGAGCCGCCCGCUGAGAUUGACUUCUCGGAGCUUGUUCAUUUCCUGCUGGAUUGGGGCGCGAUUCCUGAUCCCUUGGGCUGGGAGAAGUUGAGAUCUGGUGGGUUAUGGACACCCGCUGGAACAAUAUUGCUUAGGAAGGCAGAAGAUGAGAAUGAAACGACAAAACAUGUUGACUGGGUGCUGAGAACCAGUAUGCCUGAUGAGAGUGAUGGGAUCUUGAGUGUAACAAUUCGAUGGUCUCACGACAUGAGUGCGGUAAUGGAAAGCAGAGGUGCUAGCAGCCUACCUCCUGGCUGGGGUCGAAUUGUGCAACCUGCGUUGUUGGAAGCUAAUGACAAAGUCGUUCCAGAAGCGAAAGACCUGCCUGCCAGGAUUGAGGAGAUGAAAAACGCCAAUAAGUAUAGUUUGGACAGCACAAGUUUCCGUUUUCAGACGGAGAACAACUACGUCCAGAGGCUACAGUGGGAGCAGAAGAACAUGGAGACAGGGCUGUCCUGUGAACCCUUCCGCGCCUACGAGCAAUCAUCCGCAGCAACUUGGUUCACGUGUGUGGCAUCCGCCAUCCUGGGACAGAACCACAAUAGUGGCGGUCUAUGGACAUUUGAAGUGCCGGCCGACAUUAGUGCCUUUGUACGAAAAGACUCGAUGCCUUGCGGCGUCAUGGUAAUCCUCGGGCUCCUUUCGGAUACAGAUGCCCCAGAGUGGUCCUCUGAAAAGAGCUCAGACUCUCGAAGCAAUGGAAUGAACAUGGCUCAACGGCAUGGACAACGAUUCCAAGCACGUCUUGCUGCCGAGAGACUCGAAGCAACCAUGCCACCCGACCAAGCGAGAGUGCAUAAAAUGAACCGUGAAGCUGCGGAACGACAAGAACAGCACAAUGACAUGCUAGCAUCCAUGUCCGAGCGGCAGGCUCGUGGGGAGCGAAGACUGAAAGAGGCCAUAGCAAGCCCUCGUAUGAGCAUGAAGUCUGUCGGUGAGGCUUGCUUAGCCUGGCUUAUCGAACAAGGUGAGGUUGGUCGGGAAUGGACAAUUGGCCAGGUCGCCGAGGCAAUUCUGUAUCUCAUGGUGGUCGACCAAAGUAAGAGUGAGGAAGGAGAGGCAUUGAAGAUUAUCAAACUUCUUGAGGAAUGGCUAGCAUGGGCUGUGGCUGGGGGCAUGAAGAUGGACCAAGUCAAGAUGCUCCAGGAGAGGAAGAUGGCGUUCUGCUGUGCGGCCAUCCUGGCAGCCGUUAUUCUAGAGAGUGUGUAUUCUGACACGACUGGUGGGAAGGCCGGAGCCGAUAUGCUAGAAUGCAUACGAUUAUGGAGGAAAGUCAGACUAGGAUAA